CCGCGGGUCCGGGGACCGGAGAGCCCGGAGGCACUGGCCGCGCGCGCGUGCCGGGGUCCCGCGGGGGGUCGGGGAGCGGCGGCUCGGGGUCGCAGCGGGCUCGGGCGCCGCCGGGAGCCGCCGAGGUCCAGCGCCGCGGCCGCUGGAGAUGAGGACGGCGGGGCUGGGGCGGAGCGGCCGCGGCCCCCGGGAGUGACGGUCGCCCCGUCGGGGUUUCCCGGCCCCUCCAGGGCCCGGGCCAUGCGCGCGCCGUGAGGGCCGGGCGUCCGGACCCCGCGAGCUGAUGCGGACUCGCUUCUGAGCGCCUGGGGACGAGCGGAGCAGCCCCAAAAUGGAGGAUUUUACCACCAGGACCUACGGGACCAGCGGCCUGGACAACAGACCUCUGUUCGGGGAGACGUCCGCCAAGGACCGAAUCAUCAAUUUAGUUGUUGGCAGCCUAACCACCUUGUUGAUUCUAGUAACACUCAUCAGUGCUUUUGUUUUCCCUCAACUACCUCCCAAACCACUGAAUAUAUUUUUUGCUGUCUGCAUCUCUUUGAGUAGUAUUACUGCCUGCAUACUUAUCUACUGGUAUCGACAAGGAGACUUAGAACCUAAAUUUAGAAAUCUAAUUUACUAUAUAUUAUUUUCUAUCAUCAUGUUAUGUAUUUGUGCAAACUUGUACUUCCAUGAUGUGGGAAGGUGAGGCUACCGAGAAGAAAUACUUACCAGGACUCUUGGAAACUGUCUAUGUGAAAUUAACUGCUGUCAAAAAGUAUGCUGAAGAAUCCUCGACAGAAGUCUGGUACAUGAUUUUCAUGUUAAUUGUACAUUUGAAUUCCCUCUUGCAAGGGAGCUGUAUUUUCCUUAAGAAGCUGAAACAUUCCAGCCCUCAAAUAGCAAAAAUUUUCACUUUGAAAUUAUUAUUAUUUUUUUUUUACAAUUUAAUUGCAUGGCUCAAAAUCUUGCAUUUUAAGACAAAUACUCUUUUAUUUCUGUUAAACUGAAUAAACAAUUAUUGUUCCCUAGGCAACCAACUUUUGCUUAUUACUACAGUUCACAUUAAUAAAACACAAAUGGUGAAAAGACAACUUUGAUUGUGAAGAUCUAAUUACAAUAAUAAAUAAAAUAAUUUAUACAA